UUCAUUGAGCAGAUCAACAAUCUCGUAUUGGUAACUGAACGAGAUACAACAUGACUGGAAGAGGCAAAGGUGGUAAAGGAUUGGGCAAGGGAGGAGCUAAGCGUCAUCGAAAGGUAUUGCGUGACAACAUCCAAGGUAUCACCAAGCCCGCCAUUCGACGAUUGGCUCGCCGUGGGGGAGUCAAGCGUAUCUCUGGCUUGAUCUAUGAAGAGACCCGUGGUGUUCUGAAGGUCUUUCUGGAAAACGUCAUCCGUGAUGCCGUUACCUACACUGAACACGCCAAGAGGAAGACCGUCACUGCCAUGGAUGUGGUUUAUGCUCUGAAGCGUCAAGGUCGCACCCUGUACGGAUUUGGCGGUUAAGCCGUUCUCCAUCUUCACCAAAGCCAGAGUUUACCAACCAUUCGGCCCUUUUCAGGGCCACCAAAACCUCUUAAAGAUUAAAAUCAGCUACAUGAGGCAAUGAGCUCGAAGGUUUUGAAACUGUCCAUGUGGCAGGAGUUGGGCAAGUCUUUGUCACAUUCACUCAAACUGCUUUCUGAGCAACUUAUGAUGUCGCGAACUGAAUCCAUAGUUAUUGCAAUCAGGUAUGCUGUUAAUGUCACUCAAAGUCAUUGUUAUCUGACCACACCAACAAACUGAUCAACUGAAAUGU